AUGUCGCGGGCCUCAGUGAACGUGACCGUGUACAGCGAUCUGGCGUGCCCGUGGUGCUAUGUGGGUCUUCGGCGGCUUGACAAAGCGCUGGCGGGGAUGCCCGAGGUGUCGGCAACAAAGGAGUGGCAUGCGUUUCUGCUGGAUUGGAAUGCCCCUGCUGGCGGCCAGCCCAUCGAGGAGGCGCUCCGCAAGAAGUUUGGGCCGCAAGCGGAGGCCAUCUUGCAACGAGUCGCCACGUCGGGGCGGGCAGACGGCGCGACAUUUGCGAAUUGGAAAUGGCGGGCCAACACGGUCAAGGGGCACAUGCUGGUGGCGCUGGCCAGGAAGCAUGGCAGGAGCCACGAGGCCAACGAGCUGCUGUUCCAGAAAAGCUACGAGACCGGUGACAACAUCUCCGACGCCGCCACGCUGCUGGAUGUGGGGCGCCAGCUGGGGCUGCCAGAGGAAGAGCUGCAGGCGGCGUUUGGGGGAGACGAGAUGGAUGGGGAGCUGCUUAGGGAGGUGCAGAGGGACGACAGCGUGGCCAAGGGGCAGCUGCGCGUCACUGGCGUGCCCUUCUUCCUCAUUUCUAGCGGCGACAGCAAGACCUAUGCGCUGUCAGGGGCGCAGCCGCCCGAGGCGUUCCAGGAGGCGGUGCAGAUGGCACUCAAGGAAGCGGGCAGCAGUGCUGGUGGCGGCAGCAGCGGUGAGGGUGGCGCAUGCACAGGCGAAGGCUGCACCUGA